CAUUCCUUCAUCAUGGCAGAGACCGCUGAAGCCACCGAUUCCGCCACCGCCCUCUUCGAGGAUACUACGCAGCCUUCCACCGCCCUUACCACCACGAAUCCUGAUCAGACCGUCCAAAAAGUCCGCAAGACCAAAAUCAUCAAGCGCAAACGACGACCUGCGCGCCCUCAACAGGAUCCCUCCACCUUCAAAACCGAGCCUCCACCACAGACCGGCACAAUCUUUAACAUCUGGUACAAUAAAUGGUCCGGCGGCGAUCGCGAAGACGCCUUCUCCUCAAAACACCAAGCGAAGGGACGAUGCAAUGUUGCGUUAGACUCGGGCUACACAAAAGGCGAUAAAGUACCAGGAACAUACUUCUGUCUAUUCUUCGCGCGGGGACUAUGUCCGAAAGGGCAAGACUGCGAGUACCUCCACCGGCUGCCGAAUUCGAGAAAGGAUGCCGGGCUGGGAGACAUUUUCCCGAGCAAUGUGGAUUGCUUUGGACGGGACAAGUUUUCCGACUACAGAGAUGACAUGGGUGGUGUGGGAAGUUUUAUGCGCGUGAACCGGACAUUGUAUAUUGGACGGAUUCAUGUGACCGAUGAUAUCGAAGAAGUGGUGUCGCGUCAUUUCGCGGAAUGGGGCGCUGUUGAGCGCAUUCGAGUGCUGCCCUCAAGAGGUGUGGCGUUCGUGACAUACGUGCACCUUGCGAACAGCGAAUUUGCGAAGGAGGCGAUGGCACAUCAAUCGCUGGACAACGAUGAGACGCUGAAUGUGCGUUGGGCGACCGUGGAUCCAAAUCCUGUCGCGCAAAAGAGAGAGGUGCGCAAGAUUGAGGAACAAGCGGCAGAGGCGAUUCGAAGAGCACUACCGGCGAGUUAUGUCGCAGAACUGGAGGGAAGGAAGUGGGAAGGUGCAGAUGGCGAAGAAGAGAGGAAGAGGAGAAAGAUUGAAGGCGGAUUCGGAUUACAGGGAUACAAUGCGCCAGACGAUGUGUGGUAUGCGGCGGAGAAGGCAAGGAUCGAAGGCGGAGGCGAGCAGAAGAUGCUGCAGGGAGGCGCUGAAGCAGCUGAGGACGAUGAGGAAGAUGGUGGUGUCUUGCUGUUGGGAAGCUCAAAUGGUGGUCAACAGCAGAACACUGGUGGCAUUUUCGGCGCAUCGACACUUGAGGCAUUGAAAGGCUUCAAGGCCGGAGAGAGCAAGGCACCGGAUCGACCUGCCGGGCCGCUGGUGGGAUAUGGCAGCGACAGCGAAGAUGAC